AUGGAUGCUUUGCUGCCGCCAAAAACGUGGCAAGAUUGUCAAGGGAAAUGGCAGCGUAUGGUGAGUUUGCUGCCUGCUACGCGGAAAGACACCCAAAGGCUUCAAGAAACCUUUGACCAGCUUCUGGAGCAAUACCAAGCUCGAGUGCAUGCGAUCUGCCCCGUGCGAGAAAAGUUUUUCUUGCACAUUUUCGCAGAAGAAUUGAUACGAGAAGUUGCAUGCGAGUGCCCAGAGAGAGGAUUGAUGCUUUUACGGGUGCGGGAUGAACUCCGACUAACCAUUGAGGCACACCAGACGCUGUAUCACAACAGUAUAGCUUACGGAAGGCAAAAGGCUGUGCAAGCAGAGGCAGGUGUCGGGGAGCUCGAUAAUGAAAUCUCUCGACUUCAAGCCGAGCGAGAAGUGCUUCUAGCCAAAAAGAAGGAACUUGUGCAAAAAGUCACGGUGAGUGUAUAUGUACAUGUGGUUUGUGAUACUUACAAACUGGAGUUGCUGAUGUUCUUGACUCCUGCAGUUUUUGGAAGAACAGAACGGUGA